AGGGCUGAGCAGGAACUAAACGAAUGUGUACCCUGCGCGAGUGAGAAGGAGAGAGGUAGCCAGUUAACGUUAGAUCAAAUACAAAAAAAUGGAAAUGGUCUCCGAAAUGAGGACGAAGAGAUCUUCUCGGACGCCCGGCGAACCAGGGCAACAACAUGCACUGCGAGUGUCCAGCACAGAGAUGUCUGUCAGCCACCAGAGCCGUCUGCUUAAGCAGCUGGAUGAGCAGAGACGUCAGGAACUCUUCUGCGACUGCAAUGUGUUGGUGGAGGGACGGCUUUUCAAGGCGCACCGCAACGUCCUGUUCGGCAGCAGCGGGUACUUCCGCAUGCUUCUGUCUCAGGGCGCCCAGAACUGCGGGGAGCCCGUCAGCGCCUCCUUCGAGGUCUUCAGCCCCGACAUCUUCUCCGUCAUCCUCGACUUUGUCUAUUCAGGCCAACUUGACCUCACCAGCGACAACGUGAUUGAGGUGAUGUCCGCGGCCAGCUACCUGCAGAUGAACGACGUCAUCAGCUUCUGUAAGGGCUUCAUCAAGUCCUCCCUGGAUAUCAGUGCCAAGGAGGAUGACGAACACAUAUCUGAGAACGACAGCACCCAUGGAGCCAGCACAGAUGCAGAGCUGCAGCCGGCCCCCCCCACCGCUACGCAAAAAGACUCCAGUCCACUGCCCACUGCAUGGUCAGGUUACUGUGGCAGCCCUCAAAUCGAUUACUACCAGGAGCCUGAGGCCCCUUCCCCAAAACGAGCCACUGGCACCCCUCCCCAGCGUGGGGGACGCAAAGCCCAGCAGGCCCACGAGGCAGAGGUUCUGUCAGAUUCAGGGGGAUAUCAACUACCCACGCUGGUUUCGGAGAGCAGAGGAAAGGGAUCAGGGAAAAGGAAAUCCUGGAAUGCCUUGACUGACGCUGAUGCAAUGUACUCUCUGGACCUCCAGGGGGCGCCGUCUCUCAAAGCACAGAAAGCAGAUGAACUUUAUGCCACCCUCCCCACCAUUGUCGGGGUCGUGGGCCUGUUUAACAAAGACUCUAGCCCCACCAUGCGCUUUAAGUGCCCGUUCUGCACGCACACGGUGAAGAGGAAAGCUGACCUGAAGAGGCACCUGCGCUGUCACACGGGGGAGCGUCCAUACCCCUGCGAGGCCUGCAGCAAGCGCUUCACCCGCCUGGAGCACCUCCGCAGCCACUUUGAGACGAUCCACCAGGCGCGGAAGCUGGUGUGCAGGAAGUGCAAGCGCCAUGUGACGGAGCAGAGUGGGCGUGUGGUGAGCGAGGGCACGCGCCGCUACCGCCUCUGCAAUGAGUGCAUCCAGGAAAGUGGCUGCGACAGCGUGGUGAUUGACAGUUCGGACGCAGCCAGCAGCGAGUCGGGGCUGUUUCUGGCUGUAGAUACAGAGGAGGACGACCAGGACAAGGCGUGGCUCAUGGCUGAUGAUGAUGAUGAUGAUCUGGCGGAAGACUCGGGCGCUGACCUCAUCAUCCAGGAAGUGGAUGACAGUGAGGAGGAGCUAGACCUCCAGUGUGAAAAUAAGCCAGUCUUCACUUAAGAGUACCCCCUUGUGUGGAGGCAUGAUUUGAAAUCACUUAUUACAUCAUUCCUUGGGAUUGUAUAAACCCUAGGAUUUAACCAUCUACAAAAUCUGAACAAAUGUCCAAUAUUUAGUAAGAAAAACAACUCACAAGUAAUAUCUCACAAGGCAGUCAUAAAAGAACAAUCACAUGCAUCUCCUAUGGUAAUUUUCUGUUCAUUGAGUUACCAGUGCCAAAUUGGUUUGUAAUUAUUGCAACCUGCAGCCAUUCCAAAAUAUUGCUUGGUUUUGCUCGGUUUGAAUUUUAACUUAAUUUAUUGGGGAAAAUAGCUAACAUCAUUUAAACAAUCACAUACAGGCAUUUUACUAUUAUAUGUUAUGUAAAUAAUACAGUUAUUUGUAUCUUAAUUUGAAACCACUUUAUAACAGAGCGUGCAUGAUCACACUCUUUCACUCUCACACAAACAGUCUGAUAUCUGUCUGCAGAGGAACAGGUGUAACACCUGAACUUUCAACUGAAUGGUGAUGUCUUCAACCUGUAAUGCCAUUAAAUGCAUUUUGACAAUAUACAGGAAAUGUAAAGGGAAGUCAAAAGGCACCAUAGAAAACAAAUAUGACUUAAAAACCAAGCAAUAAAUGAUGGUUUUGUCAUUCCACUGUAGGGCAGCAACAGAAGCCUUUGUGAACAGCUAUAGUCCAGGUGUCCCUGUGCUACCCUCUACAUGGUGGAAAUUGUAUCUACUUGUAUUUAACUGUAUUUAAUAAACACUGUGGGCCAAUCACAGCAACCUUGGUAGGAGUUUCAACCUCAAGUUCACAAUGUCAGACCACUGAAUUCGUCAGACAGUGGAAUGACAAUUUGAAUUCUGAUAUGAUUAGAAUCUUAUAGUUCAGACUUGAGGUUUAAACCCCCGGUAAAGUGGUGCAGUUACCUUGCCUGUGCUUAUG